ACAUAAGUGGCCAAUGAACGAUCGUACUUUUAACUUGAAUUGCAAAUGGUCGAUAACGUAGAUACGAAUACGAUCCUAGUGAACUGUAACUGUAACGUCAAAAAACUAUUUUAACACAUUUUAUUAACGAUUUUUACAAUUUACAAGAUGUCCUUGAGAGUAAGGAAAUUAGAGGCUGCUAGUAUAACUGAUCGUGAAAAUUUGGUCGAACGUCUCGGCAAGCCAGCGGCAAGAAAUGGACUUGUUAAAAGACCUGCACUUGGCGAAGUAGGUAAUAAAUUUCUUAAUCAUCCACCUAACCAUGCUGCUAAAAAACCUGACAAACAAGAAGUGAUAGUAAAAGCCGGGGUAAAAACUACAGCGGUAAAGCCGGCACCAAAGAAGGUGCUGCCAAAAACCACAAAUGCCAUCAAAAAUGAGCUUACUGUUACUUUAAAACGUCAAGAAAGCUCUCUUCUGAAGCAGACCGCUAGUACGCUCAGUCAAGAAGCAGAACAAGCCUCUUUCUCUAGCAAACAACUAAUGGCAAUCCUCGAUGUUGAUGCCAGUGACAAAAAUGAUCCAUCUCUUGUGACCGAUUAUGUACAAGAUAUCUUUCAAUAUUUACGUACAUUAGAAACGCAAUACGUCAUAAGGAAAGGCUAUCUGGACGCGCACCGAACUACUCCACGUAUGCGAAGUAUUGUCGUAAAUUGGAUGGUUGAAGUUCAUAUUAACUUCAGGUCUCUACUAGAAACCUUUCAUUUAUCUGUUUCAUUAUUCGAUCGCUAUCUUCAACAACAUAUGACAAUUGGUCGCGAAACACUUCAGCUGGUAGGUGUAACUGCAAUUCUAAUUGCUAGUAAGUAUGAGGAGAUGUAUGUACCAGAAAUUACAGAUUUUGAGUAUAUAUGCGACAAUACGUUUAGUUUCUCUGAUAUUAUUAAAAUGGAACGAGAUAUGUUGACCACACUUAAAUUCAAUUUAGGGCGACCAUUAUCUAUACAUUUCCUACGGCGGUUCAACAAAGUAGCAAAGGUUACAUCCGAUCACCACAAUCUCGCUAAAUAUUUACUAGAGAUAUUUUUGUUACAUCACGAGUUAUGCCAUAUUGACCCAUCACUGCAAGCUGCAGCCGCCUGUUGCUUGUCUAUUAGUAUUUUAAGCGAUAUAUCAGAGCCGAGUAAAGUUUGGACACGGACCUUAGUUUAUUACUCCUCUUAUAAGUACUCCGAUAUUAAACCUGUGCUUUUAAAUUUAGCAACUUUCCUUUUAAAAAUGGAGAAGUCAAAAUUCAUUGCUAUAAAAGACAAAUAUGCCAAUUCAAAUUACGGAAAAAUUAGUUUAAAUCCAAAACUACAAGGCCCGCUUGUUAAGAAACUUGCACUUCAGUCUUGUUCGAAAAAUUAAUUUAAUGUGAUAGGAUUUGUGUUAUGUAUAUGUGGACAAGAACAAUAGUUCAUUAUUUUAAUUAUAAAUUCUUAGACAGUAACCUCUAGUGAUGAAUAUAUUUAGUUUUAUAUAAAUCCAUCGUAUAGCAAAUAAGUUAGUCAUAGAAAAAGUUAAAAAAUGGAGACCAGUACAGAAAUGCAUAUUGAUUGAUCUAGCCUAUUUACAAUUUUGUAAGCAAACAGCAAUCGAUAUAUGUUUCUGAUUUCCUAUUUUAAUAAUUAAGUGUACAUGAAAAGACUGUGUUAUAUAUUGUAUUGUACUGUUGGUGGAUGCAGUGUAGAAAUUUACCAUUUUUUUAUUGUUAAAUAAAUGCUCCGGCUGUAUUGCAAUAUUUUAAUAAAUUAUUGCUACCA